GUCAUAUGCUGCAUCAUGUGAAGAUUGGGUUAAAGGUAAAACAGUGUGUCCAUCAAAUCCCCUCCAUCAUAAUGGAAGCAACAAUUCAGCCAAUUACCCGCACAGUGCUCCGAGUUCGGCUGAACAUCGCUCCUGACUUCACGUGGAAUGAUCAGGUACAUGGCACUGUUGGAGAGCCCUGGUGGAUUUGGGUAGAAGACCCUACUAAUGAUCACAUUUAUCAUUCAGAGUACUUCAUCAUUCAAAAAAAACAGGUCAUUACUAAAGAACCUCAACUGCUGGUGUUCACAAUCCCAAUUUUUGAACCUCUUCCUUCUCAAUAUUACAUUCGAGCUGUGUCCGAUAGAUGGUUAGGAGCAGAGGCUGUAUGUAUCAUAAAUUUUCAACAUUUGAUUCUUCCAGAGAGACAUCCACCCCACACAGAGCUUCUAGAUCUUCAGCCUUUGCCUAUCACAGCCUUGGGACAUCGGGAAUAUGAAGUCCUGUACAAAUUCACACACUUCAACCCUAUCCAGACCCAGAUAUUUCAUACACUUUAUCACACAGACUGUAAUGUUCUUCUUGGAGCGCCUACAGGUUCUGGAAAAACUGUAGCAGCUGAAUUAGCCAUCUUUAGAGUUUUUAACAAGUAUCCUACAUCAAAGGCAGUGUAUAUUGCGCCCUUAAAAGCACUCGUUCGUGAAAGAAUUGAGGACUGGAAAGUUAGGAUUGAAGAAAAACUUGGUAAAAAGGUUGUAGAGUUGACAGGAGACGUGACUCCUGAUAUGAGAGCUAUUGCCCAGGCUGACCUGAUUGUCACUACCCCAGAGAAAUGGGAUGGUGUCAGCAGAAGCUGGCAGAACAGAAGCUAUGUUCAGAAAGUUUCCAUUCUUAUCAUAGAUGAGAUCCAUCUGCUAGGGGAUGAGAGAGGCCCAGUAUUGGAAGUCAUUGUGUCUCGAACAAACUUCAUCUCAUCUCACACAGAGAAGCCUGUAAGAGUAGUUGGUUUAUCCACUGCUUUAGCAAAUGCCAGAGACCUUGCUGACUGGCUAAAUAUUAACCAGAUGGGUCUGUUCAACUUCCGACCAUCAGUACGCCCAGUUCCUCUGGAGGUGCACAUUCAGGGCUUCCCUGGCCAGCAUUACUGUCCUCGCAUGGCUAGCAUGAACAAACCUGCAUUUCAGGCAAUUCGGAGUCAUUCUCCAGCCAAGCCUGUUCUUAUUUUUGUGUCAUCCAGACGUCAGACAAGACUUACUGCCUUAGAUCUGAUAGCUUUCCUAGCCACCGAGGAUGAUCCCAAACAAUGGCUUAAGAUGGAUGAAAGAGAGAUGAAUGACAUUAUAGUGACAGUUAGAGAUUCAAAUCUGAAGCUGACACUUGCUUUUGGAAUAGGCAUGCACCAUGCAGGUCUGCAUGAGAGAGACAGGAAAACUGUGGAAGAAUUGUUUGUGAACUGCAAAAUCCAGGUUCUUAUUGCCACAAGCACAUUAGCGUGGGGUGUAAAUUUUCCAGCUCAUUUAGUAAUUGUUAAAGGAACAGAAUACUAUGAUGGAAAAACAAGGCGUUACGUGGAUUAUCCCAUUACAGAUGUACUUCAGAUGAUGGGACGUGCUGGCAGACCACAGUUUGAUGACCAAGGAAAAGCUGUAAUUCUAGUUCAUGAUAUUAAGAAAGACUUCUACAAAAAAUUCCUUUAUGAACCUUUCCCAGUGGAAUCAAGCUUGUUAGAAGUGCUGGCUGACCACUUGAAUGCUGAAAUUGCUGCUGGAACAAUUACUUCUAAGCAGGAUGCAAUGGAUUAUAUCACCUGGACUUAUUUCUUCCGUCGACUUAUAAUGAACCCAACUUACUAUAACUUGGAUGACGUGAGCCAUGACACUAUGAAUAAGUACCUCUCAAGCCUUGUUGAAAAAUCCCUCUUUGAUUUGGAAUGCUCCUACUGUAUUGAAAUUGGGGAGGAUAAUCGCAGCAUUGAACCUCUGACAUACGGCCGCAUUGCUUCCUAUUACUAUUUGAAGCAUCCAACUAUUGGGAUGUUCAAAGAUCAGUUGAAACCUGAAAGCAACAUUGAAGAAUUGCUCUUAAUUCUGACUAAUGCUGAGGAGUACACAGAUCUGCCUGUGAGACACAAUGAAGAUCAGAUGAACAGUGAACUGGCAAAACAUCUUCCAAUUGAAGUCAAUCCCCAUUCAUUUGACAGUUCACACACAAAAACACACCUCCUGCUGCAAGCCCACUUCAGUCAUGCCAUGCUGCCUUGUCCAGAUUAUGCAACUGAUACAAAGACAGUGCUGGACCAAGCAAUUAGAAUAUGUCAGGCAAUGCUGGAUGUUGCAGCACAUCAUGGCUGGCUGGUGACUGCUCUGAAUAUAACCAAUCUGGUGCAGAUGGUGGUUCAGGGUAGAUGGAUACAUGACUCUUCCCUGCUUACUUUGCCCAAUAUAGAGCUACAACACCUUUACCUUUUUCGGAAGUGGAGCCAAGGCAAAAGGAAGAGUGUGCAUGGAGGUUACCAAGGACCUAUCGAGUGUCUUCCCGAACUAAUGGCUGCCUGUGAAGGAAAAGAGAAUGUUUUUGCUUCCAUUGUGGACAGUGAAUUGCAAACAGCACACACUUCACAG